AGUCCGUGACCCGUAGCCCGUAGGGGUGGAUAGGUGAGAGGAUGGCGGGGUCAUUUUGGAUCGAAAUUUGAAAAUCAAAGCUCCCCCUCUCCUGUCUUUACCCCUCCAAAAAAAAAAAAUCCAGGGGGAGCGCUCCCUCCUUUCCUUCUGCUGACAAAUUCGCGUCAGGGCUUUCCUUAUUUAUUUAUAUAUAAUAUGAACACACACCCGCAACAAGCUCUCCUUCCCUUCAUCAGUGAGUAAGCAGCAGCAGCAGCAGCAGCAGCAGCAGCAGAGAGAAGAGAGAAAUAGCAGCUACCCUGAGGCUUAGCUCCUCAGAUCCUUCAAAUCAGUUCCCGUCUGAUGGGUAGGAGUCUGAGCCCAUUACUCCGCCAAGAGCUGGCGAACCUUGGCAAGGAUGCCGACAGCCGCAGAUCGGCCAUGAAGGCAUUAAAGUCUUAUGCCAAGGACUUGGACUCCAAGGCCAUUCCUCACUUUCUUGCUGAGGUCUCCGACACUAAAGGCUCCUUAUCUUCCUCAGGAGAGUGCACCAUCUCUCUAUACGAAGUCUUAGCGAGAGUUCACGGCCGCAACAUUGUACCGCAGGUUGAGAAUAUCAUGUCGACAAUCAUGAACACCUUAUCCUCGAGCGGGGGAUCCUUUCCCCUCCACCAGGCUUGCUCUAAAGUAGUCCCUGCUAUCGCUCGCUACGCCAUUGAUCCUUCAACUCCCGACGAUGAGAAGACCAGGAUAAUUUCCUCCCUUUGCAAGCCUUUGUGCGAUUCUCUGAUGAGCCCGCAGGAGACCGCCGCCUCGGGGGCUGCUCUUUGCCUCAAAGCUCUCGUGGAAUCUAACAACUGGAAGUUUGCUUCUGAUAAUAUGGUUAAUGAGGUCUGCUUGAAAGUGGCAGGGGCUAUGCAGGAGAAGGUGACUCAGUCGAAUGCCCACAUGGGUCUGGUCAUGGCUUUGGUGAAGCAUAAUGGUUUGAUCGCUGAGGCUUAUGCGAGGUCUCUGGUGAGAUCUGGGUUGCAGAUUUUAUCUGCUGGUGAUGCUGAAAGCAACUCCCAGAAGCGGUUAUCGGCCAUUCAGAUGAUUAAUUUCUUGAUGAAAUUUGUCGACCCAAGGAGCGUUUCGUCUGAGCUUGGUAAAGUGGUGGAUGUUAUGGAGCAAUGCCAGAACGAUCGCAUGCCAUUUGUUAGAGGCGCAGCAUUUGAGGCGUCACAGACCGCAAGAUCUAUAGCAGCUCAGAAAGGGUCUAGAUAUGAAAUUGGUUCAAGCCCUAUCAUGAACUCGAACUUGCUUAAGAGAAGAGAAAAGAGUCCAUGGAGGAGCCCGCAGGGUGCUGGUAAUACAGAUGUUGGUUCCUAUUGUUCUCCUGCUGAAUUUCCUUCUCCAGAGUCGCAGACUAUUGAUUCUUGUGUUAACCAUGACGUGUUCACUGACUCACCGAUGUCAGUCGGGCAAUCUUCUUGUUGCUUUGGGCACAGUAGGCGUACUAACAGGAGAUUGUGGAAUAAUGAUAUUGCCGGUGUUGAUGUCUCUUUAAAGGAUGGCUUGUUUCUCAGAGCCUGCUCAGAAACAAACAACAGUGAUAUUGGACAAUUGGGUAACGGUCAGCUAAAUGAAGCCAAUAGAGAGCAUUCAGAGUCAUUCUCUGGAUUUCUUCAUGCCAAUUCCAAUGUUGCUGUGACAAGAGAUAAUAACCCGAGUCCCCAGAGGUCUCGUCAGCAGGUUAGCAUUGAUGACAUAAAAAUAUAUGCAACUCCCCGGAAGCUCAUCCGAUCUCUUCAGAAUUCAAGUGAUGCCAACAAUGAGGACCUUGAGAAUAAAUGCACUGGGGAGCUUACAGGGUCAAGUGCUGUGGAAUGGAAUUCAAUGGUGGAAUCAAUUGGAGAUUGUCAAUCUCAUUGUGCAAACUGCAAGGCUGAAAUGAAAAAUAACUUCGAAAAUGGUGGAAUUGUCAGCAAUCAAGGCAGUAUAAGGGAUAGCGAACUUGUCCAAGACGGCAAUGAAUCAGUUUCUUCUACAGGUGAAAUCCCUGGAAACAGUGCUUGCGGAGUACCAUGUGAAGUUUAUUCUGAAGUGAUGAAUGUUUCAACGACGAAGAGAGCUAAAGGGAGUAGAUAUUACAAAGCAGUUCUGAGUUUUGUUUGGAGCAUACCCUUGGUUUUUCUGGCCAUGAUUGUUCUGUCUAUUAGGAUCGACAAUGAAGAGCCUUUGUUUGAUCUAGUGCCAACUUGAUAUUAGCAUAAAGCUUUGUUUUUGUGGUAUGGCCCUUCCAUAAUGUCCUGUUUGGUAUUUGUUUACAGUUGUUGUGCUGACAAUCGUGUCAUGUAGACUGACAAUUUUUCCUAGCUUGCCUCGUAUUAUGCCAAUGACUCUGGCUAAAGUGAGACAAUAGAAUGUGAUCUUCUUUUGUUUUGGUUUAAUGAAGUGGUACUUUGCUAGAUUAUAAAAAAAA